UUGGAAAUUUGGCAGAUACACGCCAUCCAUAGUUUUAAUUAUUUAUAGUCAACAAAACCUUCUUUCUUAGCUUUGUAGAAGUUCAUGCCUUACCUCUCAUCCCAAAUUCAUUAUUCAUGGUGGACAAGGCUCAUAAUAGUAAUGGCUGCUCUCACUCAUUUCUUCCCAUCAUGACAAGAUGGCUCUUCCUUUUUGCUUUCCUCUUUCUCUUUCUUACAAGCCACUAUUUUCUGGAAACUGACCUUAGCAAAUUUACAAGCUCUACUAUCCUGAAGACAAUUACAAUCUUCAAUGGGAAACCCGAACCGCCAUUGCAUUGCAGCAAUGAAAGCUCAAGCAUAUGCAAUUCUAACUACCCAGAUAAAUUUGAACCGAAUGAUAGAACAUCAAGAUCAUGCCCAGAAUACUUCAGAUGGAUCCAUGAAGAUCUGAAGCCAUGGCAGAAAACAGGGAUCACAAGAGACAUGGUUGACAGGGGACAAAACGUGUCACACUUUAGGCUUGUGAUUGUGAAUGGAAAAGCAUACAUUGAAAAAUACAAGAAAUCGUUUCAAACCAGGGAUGUUUUUACAAUAUGGGGAAUCCUACAACUUCUAAGGUUGUAUCCUGGGGAAGUACCUGAUUUGGAGCUCAUGUUUCAAUGUGGAGAUAAGACUGUGGUGGAUAAGGGUCUAUAUCUUGCAGGUGGACCACUUGCUAAUGUUUCACCUCCUCCUAUUUUUCACUAUUGUGGAAAUAAUGAUUCAUUUGACAUUGUCUUCCCUGAUUGGACCUUCUGGGGUUGGGCUGAACUCCACAUAAGUCCAUGGGAAUCAACACUGCAAAGUAUAGAAGAAGGAAACAAAAGGGUGAAAUGGAAGGAUAGGGUACCCUAUGCUUUUUGGAAGGGCAAUCCCACUGUCUCUCUUCUUAGAAAAAACCUUUGUAAGUGCAAUGUCACAGAUAAAAAUGAUUGGAAUGCCAGAAUAUAUAGUGUGCAAUGGCUUGAUGAGAGAGAGAAAAAUUUUCAGGACACAAAACUGGGAGAUCAAUGUACUUACAGGUACAAAAUAUAUGCAGAAGGUGCUACAUGGUCCGUGAGCGAGAAAUACAUAAUAGCAUGUGACUCAAUGACAAUGUUCAUAGAGCCUCAAUACUUUGACUUCUUUACAAGAAACAUGGUACCUCUGCAGCAUUAUUGGCCUAUCAGCACCACCAACAUGUGUGAGGACAUCAAAUUUGCCGUCGACUGGGGCAAUUCUCACCAAGAUAAGGCACAGCAGAUUGGAAAAGGAGGAUCAAAUUACAUCAUUGACAAUCUCAAAAUGAAGUAUGUGUAUGAUUACAUGUUGCAUCUACUAAAAGAAUAUGCUAAGCUCCAAAGGUUCAAACCCAAAAUACCUGAAAGAGCUAAAGAGAUGUGUCCUGAGAGAAUGGCAUGUUCUUUGCGCAAUGGACCAAGAAAGAGAUACAUGUAUGAAUCCCUUGUUAAGUCACCAAGUUCCACACUUCCAUGUUCCAUGCCUCCUCCUUAUGAACCUCAAGCUCUUCAACAUUUACUUCAUCAAAAGGAUAAUUUAAUUGACAAAGUCAGGUUAAGGUCUCUUAGUGAUGCUGCUAAGAAGCAAUGAAUUGGAUCAUGUUAUGCAUUAUUAUACUAUACCCUUUUUCUAAAAAUUCAAAGGAGUUUCCCUUCAA